GCCAGCGUUGAAACCCCAUCAGUUCGCUUCGUCCUCCGGUCCAUACAGCGCGGUGUGUGCGUGGUCUCGUCAGCAGCCAAACGAAUCCCGACAGAAUGGCCAAGGAACUCAGUGCUCGCGACGCCGAAAGGGUCAAGUUCACCUUCUCCAUCUACGACUUCGAGGGCAACGGCAAGGUCGAUGCCUACUACCUCGGCGACUGCCUGCGCGCCCUCAACCUCAACCCGACCCUGGCCCUCAUCGAGAAGCUCGGCGGCCAGGAGAAGAAGAAGGUCAAGAUGAUGACCCUGGACGAGUUCAUGCCCAUCUUCGCCCAGGUCAAGAAGGACAAGGACUCCGGCAGCUUCGAGGACUUCAUGGAGGUGCUCCGCUUGUACGACAAAGCCGAGAACGGGACCAUGAUGUUCGCCGAGUUGGAACACAUCCUUCUGUCCUUGGGAGAGCGCCUGGAGAAGUCCGAGCUGGAGCCCGUGCUGAAGGAGUGCUGCCAGCAGGAGGACGAGGAAGGACUGAUCCCCUACGAGCCAUUCCUGAAGAAGCUCUGCGCAUAAGGCGUUCCUGCGUGAGCUCUAGUUCGCCGACUUUGUUGAAAGGCUGAGAUAGUGUUUCCGUGUUUUUUUGCUUUUUUUUUUUUGAUCGCGGAGGAAAGAAUUGACUCGAAGUGAAGAAAAAGAGACAGACUUAGGACCACAAUAAAGAGGAGAACAAUGAAAAAAUAGAGCAGUGACUUACAGCCAGCAAACGAACCAGAAACAAGAACCAUUUCGUCAUCGCCCCUUCGACCAUCCGCUAUUCGCACAGUCGCAAUUCGCACCAUCGCAAUUCGCACAAUCAUCUCACUAACAAGAAAGCAUCCAGAUGGCAGAAGAAAACCCCGCCAUUUGUAGUCAACGCGCCCCGCUUGCAGAGACCGAAGGACCACAGAUUCCCACAAGAAACCAUGGCAUUCGAGAAAGAACAAAAACGGAAACGAUUCAGAAGUAGAAACCAAAAUUCACAAGAGUCGUUGGUAAAUUGUGGGGAAGAACAUAUGGAAGAUAUCAUUAAGUAAAUUUUUGUUACUUCUGUGAUACCUUACUGUAAUAAAAUAUUUUCCAUUACGAA